AUGGCAGCAGAAGAACCACAACCUGGAGUCUCGACUCCAAUCCCUGCCAGAGAGGAAUUCUGUAUUAACCCAGAAGCACUCUUGAGAAGCAGCCAGAUGCCUGACUGGACACCAGAAACUCAAGAGAGCCAGGACCUUUCAAAUCUGUGGGCAGAAAGUCAUAGCUUCUGGGAAAGCCAACAGACAGAUUUAAAGCAUGUGGCUGAUGACACAACUGAGAGUCCAUCUCCUUUGCCCACAAAAGCUGUUGCAGACACGAGUGCUACACUGAACAACCCUGUGACUGAGGCUUGUGAUGCUAAGUCUAAGUCAAGACCAGUGACUCCCCAACAGCCCUGCUCUUGCCCUCUUCAAACUGAGCAUCUACUUGUGGUCCCAGGAUCCAGGGAACCAAGUAGUGGAGUGGAUGUGAGAUUAAGACCAGAACUCUCUUCUGUGACAUUGGGGGCUGGACUUACAGAAGAGGAAACAUCUGUGGAUGUCUGUACUCAAACCAGCUCUUUGCAGGCCUCUGAAGAACUUCCUGCAGAGACUUACCCUGCAGGGGAGCAGCAAGAUAUUGAAAGGGAGUCACAGAGUCGAGGCCAAGAAGGGCAUGUGGGUCCCUGGGAAUCCCAGGAGCCACAAGUGAGGGAAGGAAUUAUAGGAGAGAUUUGCUCCAGUGACUUAGGGGAUCAGGGACAUAUGGGAGAACAGGUACAAAAGAUGCAAAUAGAGGAUGGAAGGUUUCCAGAAGUGGGAAAGAGACUUGGCAGUGAGGACCAGAGCCUUCUGGAUUCUGAUGGGUCUUGGGAGGGUGGGCAGUGCAGGGACCAUAGGAAUCUGGAGCAAGUUAAGCAGAAGAGAGAUGUGAAGGUCCUAGAAGGUCAGGAAGAUUUAUGGUCUGAGAAGGAAACCAGAGCACAAACACAGGAACUAAAGGAGAAAAAGAGGUCAGUAGAGUGCCAAGGCAAGGGAGCAGGGUGGAUUGAGGAUGGAUCUGGGACUGGAGACACUCUGCAGGAAGUGGAAGAUGGAACCAGCAAAGAUGGAGAAACUGAUGGUCCUACUGCACAGGCUCUGGUAGCCCCCGAGCUCUCUCCCAAGCAUCCCACAGCCAGGAUUCCUGAGGCCCAGACAGAACCAAGGGCUGCACAACUGUCCCCUGGAGGUCAGCCUGCCCAACAGAAGACCCCGGGAUGGCCCCACCAGCACCUCCUCUCCAUUGAGGACUCAGCUGAUCAGGACAGAGCUCAGGACAAUGAGUUAGAGGAGUCUGAGUCAGACCAGGGAACAAUGUACAGUCCAGGAGUUGCGGCCAUCUCUGUUGCUAACUCUGAGAGCCCCCCAGAAACAGCUGUUGCUUCCAGUCCGGUGGAUAUGUCCUCUAGAGCUUCUGCAAGCCCCCAACUUUUAGACCCCAGGUGGGAACCUUAUCCAGCUGCACUUUCUACAGAAACUUCCAGACCUUCACUCUCACAUGCCAACCCACCUCCCAGUGGGGUUUCUGCAACCCCCUCAGUUGCCUCCCAUGGACUUUCCUACACAGAGGCCCCGCUGGACAUAUGCCCUAGCCCAUGCAGAACUUGCCCACAGAGUUCUCUAGCCAAUGGCUCGGGCACUGGCCAACACAUGCAGAACAACUCAUUCCCUAGCUCUCACCGACCACUUCCAGAUCUGGUAGAAACAACCUUCUCCUCUUCCCAUUCAGAGCUGCUGCAGAUACCACCUAAAUCUGCCACCUGUCAGUCUGCAGAUUCUAAUGUGGAUAGAAAGAGAGACUCCAGCAGCAUUUCAGAAUCUAUAGCAGGACAGCAUGCACCAGACAACACCCCGGAUCCAGAUAAGCACCACCAUAGCCAGCUUCCCUCAUCUCCAUGGACAGGAGAAUCUCAGGGCCCCUGCCCAGGCAGCCUGCCAUGGAGGAAACAGACGGGCAUUUUUCUGCAGCUGCCCCCCCCACCAAACAGGCCUCAUCAGCCUGCUCUGUUGACUUUAGGUCCCCCUAAAGGCCCACUUCCCCCCAUUCCUGAUCCCCUGGUUGCACGGCAGCUCCGCCCUCUGCCAUCCACCCCAGACUCCCACCACCAUGCCCAAACACCUUCUCCUAGGCUGAGAUACAAUAAGCCAUUACCCCCUACUCCUGAUAUAGCGCAGCCCCAUUCUUCAAGCAGCCCCCGGACCUAUAAACCUCUGCCCCCCAUUCCCAUCAUGGAUUCAUCCUCAGAACCACCCCCUUUACCCCCAAAGACCCGGGGAAGAAGCAAGAGUACUCAGGGAGCACCAUCACAUUCAGGCAUUCAGACCAAUGAAAGGCCUAUCCGUCACGACUGGACAGUCUCUGCUUCCCAUUCCAUUGAACGGACCUCCUGGCCUCCUGCUACUGGCAGAUCAUCUGAUGCCUUGGCUGCCACUGGUCGGACUAGGAGCAAAGUGACCUCUGGCCUGGCUUUCAGCAACAUGACAAACUUGACAAGGCCCUCUUCACCCACCUCUACCAGGACUCAGAAGCAGCAGUUUCUCACCCCUGACCCAGGACCCCUGAGUCAAAAUAAACUAGUGAUGAUUCAGCAAAGUGCCAAUGGCCUACAGACAAAAUGCAGCAGCCAAACCCGGCAACCUGAAAAGCUUGGGCACCCCCACUUGGAGAAGGCAUCCAGUUGGCCACACCGGCGGGAGCCCAGGAAGCCUGUGGAGGCCAAUAGCGGACACGCAGUCAUCCCUGGGGAUGGAACAAGCAAGCACAAGGGCUGGAAUCGGCAAGGCCUACGCAGACCUUCCAUCCUGCCUGAGGGUUCUUCAGAUACAAGAAGUCCAGUAUUGGAAAAAUUCCCUGGCCCUUCGGAUGCCAUUGUUUUUCGGGAGAAAAAGACAAAGGAUGUGAAGGGGGCCUUUGCAAGACGCUGCUCCAAGCUCAUCAACUCCUCCCAGCUGCUUUACCAGGAGUACAGCGAUGUAGUUCUGAACAAGGAGAUUCAGAGCCAGCAACGACUGGAUAGCAUCGCGGAGGAACCUAGACCUGCCUCCCCCCGGCAACGCCAAAGGGCCUCAGUCUCCCCAGAGCCUUCCCUGCAGCGCUUGUCCAUGGUGUCAAGUGCUUCUUUGUGGCAGGAGAUCCCUAUGGUUCGCAAUAGCACAGUGCUGCUCUCCAUGACCCAUGAAGAUCAAAAGCUCCAAGAGGCCAAAUUUGAGUUGAUUGUGUCUGAGGCUUCCUACCUGCGCAGUCUACACAUAGCUGUGGAUCACUUUCAACUUUCCACCCAAUUGCGAACCACCCUUUCCAACCAGGACCACCAAUGGCUCUUCUCUCGUUUGCAGGAUGUGCGUGAUGUCAGCACCAUGUUCCUUUCAGACCUGGAAGAAAACUUCGAGAACAACAUCUUCACCUUCCAAGUGUGUGAUGUCGUCCUGAGCCAUGCUCCCAACUUCCGCCGGGUCUACCUGCCUUAUGUCACCAACCAGACCUACCAGGAACGAACCUUCCAAAACCUCCUGAAUAGCAACAGCAAUUUCCGAGAAGUCUUGGAGAAGCUGGAAAGUGACCCUGUGUGCCAGCGUCUUUCCCUCAAGUCCUUCCUGAUUCUGCCCUUUCAGCGCAUCACCCGCCUCAAGCUGCUGCUCCAGAACAUUCUGAAGAGAACACAGCCAGGCUCCUCAGAGGAAGCAGAGGCCACAAAGGCACACCAUGCCCUAGAGGAGCUGAUUCGAGACUGCAAUGAGAAUGUCCGAAAAAUGCGCCAAACAGAAGAGCUGAUCUACUUGAGUCAGAAGAUUGAAUUUGAAUGCAAAAUAUUCCCACUCAUCUCUCAGUCACGCUGGCUGGUAAAAAGUGGAGAGUUGACAGCUCUGGAGUUCAGUGUGUCCCCUGGACUGCGAAGGAAACUGAACACACGUCCUGUCUACCUGCAUCUCUUCAAUGACUAUCUGUUGUUGUCUCGACCCCGAGAGGGUGGCAGGUUUCUGGUAUUUGAUCAUGCUCCCUUCUCCUCCUACCGGGGAGAAAAGUGUGAAAUGAAGCUCCAUGGACAACACAAAAAUCUCUUCCGGCUUUUCCUGCGGCACAACCAGGGUGCCCAAUCUGAAUUCCUCUUCAGCACCGAGACACAAAGUGAGAAACUGCGGUGGAUUUCAGCCUUGGCCAUCCCAAGAGAGGAGUUGGACCUUCUGGAGUGCUAUGACUCCCCACAAGUUCAAUGCCUUCGAGCCUACAAACCUCGAGAGAAUGAUGAGUUGGCUUUGGAGAAGGCUGAUGUGGUGAUGGUGACUCAGCAAAGCAGUGAUGGUUGGCUGGAGGGUAUGAGACUCUCAGAUGGGGAGCGAGGCUGGUUCCCUAUCCAGCAAGUGGAGUUUAUUUCCAACCCAGACGUCUGGGUGCGGAAUCUGAAGGAAGCCCAGCGAGUCAAGAUGGCCAAACUACAGCUGGUAGAACAGCAGACCUAG